UUAAUCUGUGACAUUUGUUUACAGGUGGUAAAGUCAAAAGUGUUGUGUUAUUUUUUAACAAUAAAUUGAACUUACUUUUUAUAAUAAAUUGAUUUAAAUAAAAUAACCCGAACAUUAUUUCAGCUUUUUUCACCAUGUACAAUAAAGUAAAGAUGUUACUAAUCGUGAUAGGUUUCCUUAAAUACUUAAGUGGUACAUGUUCAAUCAGUCUAAAUGAAUUAAAUAUUCCGCCGGAACAUAUUCCGUAUAUUUUUAAUAUGUUCCCUAACUUAGCUAAAUCAUGUGUGGCUAAUGCGGAAUGUCCUUAUAAAAGUUUAACUAAAAAAAAUGUUUGUUGGGGUUAUGAAGGCAACUGUAAUAAAAGUAACUCUUACCAUGUUAGACCUCGAUGUCCAGGGGAUCACAGAGGCUGGGUUAAAACAAAGGAAGCACAAUAUGUCACGUAUUAUACUCAAGCUGAUUUUGGCUACAUAAAAGAGCAGAUCCAAGAGUUGAUGGUAAUGUGUGAAGCUUCAUAUCCCAGUGAUAGUUCUUUAGAAUGUUCAAAGUAUUUAAGAUUUUGUAGGGGAAGGAACUUAAUGCUUAACUUUACUAGUCUAGUAGGCAGAGGUGAUAACCUAAGAUAUAAAAUGGAUAUCCUUGGACCUGGCCAUAUAGGUGGCCACUGCAAUUUUUUCUCUGAACGGUUAAUGCAAGAAGCAGAACAUAUGAGUGCUUUACAAUCUUGGGCGCCUGAGAUGGUUAAUUUUGUGUCAUUAGAGAGGUCUAUUUCUGAAGGAAUAUGUGAUGUUACUAUUGAGAAACCAACAUAUAUUAUGAAAUUAGAUGCCACUGUGAACAUGUACCAUCACUUCUGUGAUUUUUUCAAUUUAUAUGCAUCCCUGCAUGUGAACUCUACACAUCCAUCCACCUUCAGUAGAGACAAUCAUAUUCUCAUUUGGGAAACAUUUACAUAUGAAUCUGCAUUCAAAGAAGCCUUCAAAGCAUUUACGGAGAACACUGUUUGGGAUUUAAAAAAAUUUAGGGGUAAAGUGGUGUGUUUUAAAAAUGUGGUAUUCCCACUUCUUCCUCGCAUGAUAUUUGGACUUUACUACAAUACUCCUUUGAUUUAUGGCUGUGAGCGAAGUGGACUUUUUCAUGCAUUUUCUAAACAUCUGCUCCAUUCUUUGAAUGUGAAACUACAGCUAAGGAGUAACAAUAAAGUGAGGAUCACUUUGCUGUCCAGAGGGACAACAUACCGUACUAUAUUAAACGAAGAGGAGAUAGUCAAAGCAUUGUUAAAGAACAAAGGUUAUCAUGUGCAGAGGGUUGUGUACGACAGAACAGUCCCGUUCACAGAGCAGUUGGAAAUAACACACAAUACAGAUGUGUUUAUUGGUAUGCAUGGUGCUGGAUUGACACAUUUAUUGUUCCUACCUGACUGGGCAGCGGUUUUUGAAGUAUACCAUUGUGAAGACCCCAAUUGUUACUCGGACUUGGCGCGCCUCCGCGGACUUAAAUAUGUGACAUGGGAGGAUAAAAAUAAAUUGAAACAACAAGACCAGGGUCAUGGGCCAGGUGGCGUGUCACAUGCAAAGUUCACAAACUAUUCAUUUGACGUGGAAGAAUUCUUACGCUUAGUAGAGCUAUGUGCUGAGUACGUACGCAAUAGACAGGAUUUCAACAAUUUUGUAUCGGCGUCGACAUUGAAGCAAUCUCAUGAAGAACUUUAAUAAUGAAUAAUAAGUCGUUCUCGUUUGAAAACGUCUCCUCGAAUAUUAUGUGAUAUUAUACAAUACUUAUUAUAAUAUACGCUAAGGUAAUUUUGAUAAGUUUUUUACAAAUUGUUUUUUGCUAAUAUUAAGUACAAAAUAUAUGAAUGAAAUUAAUUUAAUGUAACACAAUGGACACUAAUUAAGCGUAAACAUAUCUGUGAAACUAUAACAUUCCUAAUUUUUAUAUAUCAUUUUUUAUUUUUUUAGCAGUAAAAGUUUUGCGAAUUAGUUUUUAAUGUACUUAAUAAUAUUUAUUUUAACAUUUUACAUGGAGCAAUUUAAUUUUUUAACUGUAUGUAUUGUCUUAUGAGGUAUUUUCUCAAAUGUACCGUAAAACAUAAUGUGUUUUUAAUAUAACUUGAUCGUUUGCCCUUUUUCAUGGGAACAGUUCGUGGUAUAAUACUUAAUGUUGAAUAAUCAAUAAAAACAGUUCAUAUUUUAAGCAGGAGGCAACACGCACAACUCUUUCUUAAUCCCGUUAAUUCUCAGGAGACAACAAUUUUUAAUCCAUUUUAUAAUGUUGAGUUUCCUAGUAAAAAUCACCUUUUUAGAAAAAACAUAGACAAAACAAUUUUAAUGAAAAUAAAAAUCGCUAAUAUUCUUACAGAAUUUGCAACAUUACAAGAUAAAGUUCUUCUAAUCCUGCAAAUAUUUUGUAUAAGUAUAUAAUAAAAUUUUAAAAUAAUUACGUAUUUUUGUAUGUAAAAAAUGUUACAGUAUUGUUUUCAACUGUUUUUCACUUAAUAAAUAAAAUGUAAUACUCAUUUUUUUAAAAAAA